UCAGACAGGAAGAUAACGACAGACGAGGAGGAGGCUCGGCGCAUCGCGGAGAUGGGGAAGCCGGUGCUGGGGGAGAACUCCAAGCUGGAAGUGAUUAUCGAGGAGUCGUACGAGUUUAAGAGCACGGUGGACAAGCUGAUCAAGAAGACCAACCUGGCUCUGGUGGUGGGAACCAACUCCUGGAGGGACCAGUUCAUGGAAGCCAUCACCGUCAGUGCAGAUGAGGAGGAGGACGAGAGCGGGGAGGAGCGUCUGCCGUCCUGCUUCGACUACGUCAUGCACUUCCUCACCGUCUUCUGGAAGGUUCUGUUUGCCUGCGUUCCUCCCACCGACUACCUGAACGGCUGGGCGUGCUUCAUCACCUCCAUCGCCAUCAUCGGCAUGCUCACCGCCGUCAUCGGAGACCUGGCGUCGCACUUCGGCUGCACCAUCGGGCUCAAGGACUCCGUCACCGCCGUGGUGUUCGUGGCCCUCGGUACCUCCGUCCCAG